UGUAACAGGGCUUGCAAAAGUCUGGUGUGUGUGUGUGUGUUCGGGGGAGGAGUUGAACCCUUUUGACAGGACCAUGCGGUCACUUCCGCUAUGAUGGUGUGUGUGUGUGUGUGCAGCAGACGGGCAGUCUAGAGCCGGAAUGUUGGAGUGUGUUUUAACUGCUCUCCUCCUCUUCCUCUCCCUCCUCCUCUUCCUCACCCGCAGGUUUGGGAGGCAACGGAGAGAGGGCGAGCCUCCGCUGGUGACCAGCCGUUUGCCGUUUGUGGGGAAAGCCGUAGAGUUUGGACACGAUGCCCUCAAACUCCUCACACAGCUGCAACACACACACGGGGACAUCUUCACCGUACUCAUCGCAGGUCGGUACAUGACGUUUGUGAUGGACCCUCUCCUCUACCCUGCUGUGGUCAAACAUGGCCGCCAGCUGGACUUCCACGCGUUUACUGACACUAUGGCUCCUCCCACAUUCGGCUACCCGCCCAUAAGGGGCGUGGCCUACCCGACUAAGGAUUACAGGCGGCAUGGAGCGCGCCCGAAGCCAGCGGCGUUCGACCGCCGGUUCCCCCUGCUGAUGGGGGGCGUGCCCAUCUGGCUACUGGGACGGACCAAGGCAACGCGGGGGGAACUCAUCGCCCACUUCCACCCCCGCCGCAUGCAGCAGUGGAACGACCCGUCCGACUUCAUCAGGACCAGAACACAGCUGCUGAGCAGUACCGGCUCCGCCCACGGCCGUGUCUCCUCAGCACAUCACUUUGCCAUCCUGUGGGCGUCUGUGGGCAACACCAUCCCAGCUGCAUUCUGGGUAGUCUACCACCUGCUUACCCACCCAGAAGCCCUUGCAGCGGUGAAGUCUGAGAUUCAGGAAGUUCUUGGUAUCCAGGGGGAUGGCCUGGCGCUUAAUGAUGAUGUCACACUUACACUUGAGGAUCUGGACCGUAUGAUCUAUUUACUUCAGCUGGACCUGGCGCUGGCACUCAUCACUCCCGCCAAGGAUGACAUCAUCGCCCUCUAUCCCCAGAGCAUGCACAUGGACCCCGACAUCUACCUGGGGCCUCAGGUGUACAGGUUUGACCGCUUCGUGUUGGAUGGCGGGCGGCGAUCUGACUUCUGCAAGCGCGGUCGGCUCCGCUUUACUUCAAAAGUGCCCGUUGACUCUGGGGCAACAAAGUCUGGGCCUUUCUUAGCCCUAGAACUCAAGCAGCUUGUGUGUGUGCUGCUCCUCUACUGCCGACUGGAGCUCGCACACACACACUCACACACACACACACACACACACCCCACGCCUGAGCUGGACACCUCUCGUGCAGGGUUCUGCCCCCUAAGCGAGAUGUGCCUGUCCACUACACACUCAUCCGAGAGGGAGGGGGGGAGGAGAGAGGGAAAAGAGGAGGUGGAGGAAAAAAGACAUGGAGAAUGA